GUCGAACCUGUUGCAGACCCCUGACAGUUAAUGCCGCAACUACCGUUUUCCCCCAGCAACAAGCCUCCGCAAGGCGUCCGUGGGCAUCGCUGCUGCACGCCGCCGAGUGCGCAGGCGCCCCUCAGGCAAACCAAGAUGUUUCCGCUUCCCUUCGCGUCGGCCCCGUCCGGGCCCCGCCCCUCCCAGGCCCCGCCCCGCAACUCGGGGGCGCGCGCGCGCGUGCGAGAGGGGGCGGGUGGGGAAGGAUCGCCGGCGAGAUCCCGAGGCGAGGCUCGAGCGCCUGCCCCCGCCCUGGCCGCCAGCGCCCACCCGGUCGGCCCGGCUCAGCCAUGAUCAAGGCCAUCCUCAUCUUCAACAACCACGGGAAGCCGCGGCUCUCCAAGUUCUACCAGCCCUACAGUGAAGAUACACAACAGCAAAUCAUCAGGGAGACAUUCCAUUUGGUAUCUAAGAGAGAUGAAAAUGUUUGUAAUUUCCUAGAAGGAGGAUUAUUAAUUGGAGGAUCUGACAACAAACUGAUUUAUAGACAUUAUGCAACAUUAUAUUUUGUCUUCUGUGUGGAUUCUUCGGAAAGUGAACUUGGCAUUUUAGAUCUAAUUCAAGUAUUUGUGGAAACAUUAGACAAGUGUUUUGAAAAUGUCUGUGAACUGGAUUUAAUUUUCCAUGUAGACAAGGUUCAUAAUAUUCUUGCAGAAAUGGUGAUGGGGGGAAUGGUAUUGGAGACCAAUAUGAAUGAGAUUGUUACACAAAUCGAUGCACAAAAUAAACUGGAGAAAUCUGAGGCUGGCUUAGCAGGAGCUCCAGCCCGUGCUGUAUCAGCUGUAAAGAAUAUGAAUCUUCCUGAGAUCCCAAGAAAUAUUAACAUUGGUGACAUCAGUAUAAAAGUGCCAAACCUGCCCUCUUUUAAAUAAAAAAUUUAAAAGGCCACUCCCAGGUAAAAUCCAGGGGGACAAGUCAUCUAAGUUUACCAUGCACUUAUUUACCAAAAAUAGAGGAGGAGAGUCUUAACUUUUGCUCUUGGAUUUAAGUCAAGGUACUGUAUAGAAGUUGUGUAAAAUCAGUAUGGAAGUGCAGUGUUGCUUUUCUUGCUCAGUGAUUUUGAAGAAAUUGAGUAGUUCUAGUGUGAUUUUCUUUCUUUUCUAAACUGCGUUCCUGUGCCCACCUAAGGCAUGCCUCUGUGUUUUGGCUACUACAGUAUUUUGAAAAGUGUUUGAGACAUUUCUUUAAAUUAUGUACAACCCAAAAUGUUGGUGUUUUGUAUGGAUCACAAGUGCAGCAUUCCUUAAUUAUUUCUGUUAUUUGUCACAAUUGUUAUUUAAAGAACCAAGUAUGUAUUGCAUGAAAACAUUAUGACCUUUUUCUCUUAGUUUAAAUAAACUCCAAGGUAACUGGGCUUCUAAAGUACCUUUCUGUUUGCCUGAUAUCUACUUUAGCAAUAAUUUUUUUUACGACCCUCAGGUUCAACAAAGUAAAUAAAAGUAUAUUUUAUCACUGUUAA